CUCAAUGACUUUAAGGGCUUACAAUAACACUGCUGUUUGAUUGGUUAAAAUUGUGACCGAUGUCAGUUCGUCACACAGGUGUAUAGUAAAACGUACAUGUAUAUAUAUGCCGACACGUCUCCGGAGUCGCUGAGGUCAAGGUCAUCAGUCGUACCCACGCCAAGGCAGCAAGGAACCCCGAGACUCUUGACGGAACAGUGCCAUCGAUAACAUGGAGAUGAUGCCACUAGCACUACUGGUCGUAGUGGCCUUAGCCGCCACAUCACAAGGCGCUCAAGUUACUCAAGUGAAUCUAGACGAACAGGGCUGUGGUACUUCGCACACAAUAGAAGGAGCCGGAAAGGUCAAUGUCUCGACCCAGGGUUCAGUCCCUCUGGGAGAGGGGUGUGUCGUUACCUUUAAAUCCAGCAGCACCAACAAUGUAUGUGACAUGGAUCUUGUGACAUGUGUGAAUGUGGAGUCGCUUAAAUCCAUGUGUUACGUCGAGGCUGAAUUUUAUUCUAGUCACGGUAACCGCAGCUUGAAACUGGACUGUACUAGACUUAAAAAGCCAAUGGGUCAUUGGUGUGUGAAUGGCUCUGACCCACUGACCCUUCGCCUGUCCAAAAAUAACCAGGGAAAGCCAUACAGCAAUUAUGAACUUGUUGCCUCGGUAACAACAGAUUGUAUAUCCUACAAACCAGACACAACGCGUCCGGCCUUCUAUGGAAAAGGAGAGGAGGAAAUCACCUUUAUCGAUGUGGAGGAGGCUGUCCACAACACUCGAGUUAUUGGAAUCGUUGUUGGGGUGUGUUUGGCCUGCAUGUUCCUGGUAGCUCUUCUCAUCACCUACUUCUACUACAAAAACAAGGCCUACACCGGUGUACCACAGGAUUAAGUCUCCCGGUUACCAUCAUUCAUUGUCGUGUGUAUCACUUAGAUGCAGUUUGCUAUAUGAAUGGUGAGAUUUGUCACCACAUGAUUUCCAGAUUUUGCACGUGUCUAGAAUAUAUGUAACAUACGCAUCAUUUGAAAGACGUGACUGCACCGGAAAAAAUGAGUAAACAAUGAGAAAAACAAAACAAAAAAUGAAUAAAUAUCCAUGUUUAAAAAAAAAAAAAAAAAAAAUAUGGUCCUGGAAUGCAUGUUAGUACAUGUGAAAGUGUCAAGGUUGUCGGUGAUGCCGACAGGCAGUGUGCUUGUCUACCAAUUUAUGUGUUAAGAGAGAGAAAAUUUAUGCAUUUAAAUCUAUGCCAAUUCGUCCUACAGAUACAUGCAACCGAAAAAUAUCCACCCUUAUGUUGUGUGUCCUUUACAGAAUGGUUAAAAACCAACCGCAAUAUUUUGUUUACUUAUUGCAAAAUUUAUGUAAUGUAUAGUAUGUGUUUUUGAUAUGUUGAUUCUCUGUGAGCUCAGGAUGAACGAUUUAAUGUUUUAGAUUGGUACCUGGAUCUGUAUAGAUUUUGAAGUUAUAGCAUCAAAGAUAAAGAAACGUUGAUGUUUUUUUUUUUUUAUUUCACUUGCACUUGUCUUCUGUAAAUAUGUGUCUUGUAUAUGUACAAUUGAGUUUGACAGUGUCAACAGAAACAUAUGGUGUCAUAAAUACAACUGACAGUUUCAAGGGCAUUUGAUAUUGACUAGAAGACCUUUGACAUUGCCAUGUAUACAUAUAUUUGACAAUGUCCAGAAGGUCUUUUGACACUUGCCUUAUAUAUAUUUGACAGUGUCACUAAUAUGUUUGACAUUGCCCAGAAUAUCUACAACAUUUGUCAUACCUAUAUUUGACAUUGUCACUAACACAUAUGACAUUGCCCAGAAUAUCUUUGGCAUUUGUCAUACAUAUAUUUUGACUAUGUCUUAAUUGUUUACAAUUAUGAUUAAUUUUUUCAGUUUAAAAAAUUAUACAUUUUAAAGUGUCAUUAAUAUAUUUGGAAAUCUUGCAAAUAUUUUUGGGUGUCUAAAUCAAAGAUAAUUAUACUAAUCACAAAAUAUAACAUACUUAAUUUCUACAUCAUUAAAAUAAGUGAAUGACAAAAGCAUAAUUUUAUCAAAAAAUUUUCAAAGUCACAAAACUAUUUUGAAGAAUAAGUCAAAUAUCGUUUCUGUGACAUAUAAAUUAUAAGGUAAAUUUUGACAUACUUAGAUAGAAGUGAUAAUACUCCACCGUGGGAACCAUGCUAUAGUUGCUGGACCAAUGUAAAUAUUCAAAUCAAAAACACAUAUGUACGUAUAGGACACCGUAUUUUAUGUUUAUUAUGUAUAAUGAAAAGUUCAAUCUCGGAGCAUACCGGCAUUUAUAAUAUUAUAUAUGGUAAUGUGUCGUAUUUAGUGAUGUAAGAUAUCUAUUGAAGAACUCAUUUUUAGUGUGUUUGACAUGAAAAGAUAUGCACGUAUGUUAUAACAUGGGCGCAAGAAGCAUUUGUAUUCGCAUUGAAGUAUAUUAAAAUGGAUUCAUUUACUUUUAUUUUUAUGACCCAUAAUCAUAAAUAAUUUCUUUUUUUUUUCUUUUAAUUAAAAUAUCUAAACUUACUGUAGAUUAUGAAAAUCAUAAAAUGGUCAUACCCAGCUUAAAGACAUCGUCAUAUAUUUAACAAUCGACUACUGUCCUUGCAACAAUAACAGAGGUCAGGGGUUAAAAUUGACCAACCCAAUUCAUAGAAGCACACGAGAACAGGCUUCAAGUACUUUAACUACAUUGAAGGAACCUUCUUGUAAUGUCGCCAAUCAUUGUUUAAGGGGGGAUAACCCAAUUCGACUGUCGUUGUUUGCCAUUCUUGACCGUUGCUAUGGGAACAUAUUCAUGAAUGGGUUUCAGACAUUUCCUGUUAUGGUAGCGCAGCAGUUUGCCACAUGUUUUCAGUACAAUGUUGUGUUGACAUUUGACCCCUAAAUUUUAUUAGCACAUUCGGGACCUCGUGAUGUUGUGUUGACAUUUGACCCCUAAAUUUUAUUAGCACAUUCGGGAGCUCGUGAUGUUGUGUUGACACAUUGAUAUAAGAAUCUUCAUUGAUUAGACCUUUCUUAGUUGAAUUGGAAAUAAAAAAAUAUUUUUAAAUUUUA